AUGGGGUCAGGAGCGAAAGGCAAGGGCAAGGACAAGGAACCGCGCGAGAGGAAGAAACCAGGCAGAGUGCCUACUUCCUGCGCGGAAUGCAGACGACUGAAAUUGCGCUGCGAUCGCAAUGUUCCAUGCGAAAAAUGCGUAUCCCGAGGGUGUGGUUCGAUCUGUCCGGACGGCUCUCUCACUCCCGGCAAGGGAGGCCGUCUCAUCCUGGCCAACACGGAGGAGCUCCAUGAGCAGAUCGACCGUCUUCGAUACCGGAAUCGUGAAUUGGAGAGCGCCCUUCGUCAACUGCAGGAAGGGGUGUCGGACGAACCUCAUCCGCUGCUCAGGACCGAUGUGCUGCAGACCAACUUCCUCCAAGGAUCGUCCUCAGGGGCCAGCACGUCGUCAUCGAGUAAAUCGCCCUCGACAUCGCGUAUUAGUCCAAUAACCCACGCGCCUGAGCCGAUUGAAGCGAGGUUGGAGGAGGAUCACAGUAUUAUCGAUGCUUUCGGCACUAUGACCAUCAACCGCCGAGGACAUUCAGCAUUUCUGGGGAGAACAGCACGUCCUGAGUUUCUGCUCAACGCGACUCUCAAACCACAACGAGCGGCCUUUCAAACCCCACCUCGAAUAUCGAAGAGGAUCAUGGAGCUCUCGUUUCCCGAGUCCCAGAUCCCGGAUACGAGUCUCGUUACGGAUAUGCUCAGCUUGCUUCCAUCGCAAUCCGACGGGCUCCAUUUUUGUGAUGUCUACCUGGAGUAUGGAAAGUUCGUCUAUACCGCUCUUCCUCGGAAGGAGCUCCUUGAUGAAAUCUUCUCCGCUGUCUACCGAACUAAACACCUCCCGAAUUUCGAGCACUUCCACGCCCUCUCGCUACUCUUUAUCGUCUUCGCCCUCGCGACCCUCUUCAACCCCAGCUCGCCGCCUUACGCCCCCGAAGGACACGAAUAUUUCUAUCUCUCACGUGCAGCCUUCAACCUUUCUCAACCAUUUUGGGAAACAACACCAACGACGAUCCAGACCCUUAUCCAUACGGCGCAAUACGUGGACUUGAGCGAAUUCGAUGCAUCUGGACAUGAUUCAGCUUGGGCAUACGUCGGACAAGCCGUUCAGUUAGGUUAUAGCAUUGGUCUUCACCUCGACGCCAGUCGUUGGAAAUUGUCCGACGAGGUGGUUCAACGUCGCCAAGAGUUGUUUUGGCACCUCUUUGUUGCCGAUACAUGGGCGAAUUUUCAUAUCGGACGACCUCCAAGAAUCUCAAAGUCAAGCAUCGACUGUCCUCAACCACAGCUACCUGAUGAUAACGUCGAUAGCAACGAGAACUUCCAAUCAUGGUUUACGCAUUAUACCCUGCUCUUACACUCCAUAAUGGAAAGCGCGUUAGGGCCCAAACAACCUAUCUACUCCGCCAUCCUGGACUUUGACCGCAAGAUACGGGAUGUUUGUGUUCCAUCGCAAUGGAGGAUGCCGAUCGAGGACGAACCUACGCCUCCGCCACACGAAGUUUUCAUGUAUCGGUGGCUCGUGUUGUCCGCGAAAGAAACAGCUCUUCUCAACCUUCAUCGAAUGUAUCUGGGCCAGGCGCUGCAAGAAUCUCCCGCAGACCUCCAUCGACACCGAUACGUGCCUUCUGCCGUCGCGGUCUACCGAUCAGCAUGGCGCCUCAUCCACUGUCUAGCCGUGACGUGGCGGGCAAUCCCCAAGUUCCUCGCUCGUGUCAAUGUGGCGUGGUCGCAUGGUCUCUCCGCUGCACUCGUUAUGUGCCUCCUUGUCACUCGGUCUCCGACUUCGCAUUUGACAACGCCGGCCAUGGAAGAGCUGGACAACGUGACUUCUUUGUUCGAUGCAGCAUCCUCGUCGUGUCGGUCAGCAGCCAAAAUCUUGCCUUCGAUUCAAGUUCUUCGACGAAAAGCCCACGAGUCUGUUGGUCCGCCACAUACCGCCCGGUUCUAUCACCACCCCCAUCAUGACAAUCUGUCGGGUUCCAUGGGCGUGUCCAGCGGCGAUAGCGGUAUCACCAUCGCAGACCUUGAUCGACUGAACGGCAAGACCCACCUCUUCAGCGACAUGCACUCCUCUUCCGGGAUGAGCAACGCCCCAACGCCGAUGUCCAUGAUCGCAUCGACUUCGACUUCUGCCACCUCAACAGCGCCGACGGAUGACCGCUCGCGCGCCACCUCUCACACAGACACCCACACCCAGCAUGGACACAACAUCCAUUCGGGUCAUCAGCAUCAGCCGCCGAUGGCGAUGGUGCCGACAGCGGAUGAUAACCUCCAUCCAACGCUCGCACAGGACGUCCGCGAGUUUACUGUUCGGAGCUCCGUACCAGCUGUUCCGCGACUGUCGUUCUACGACCACCCGAGCGAGCUGCAGUCGCCUGUCGCCCCGCCGCCCACGACCGCCCAUCCUCCGCCACCUCAACUACAUGCACAUGGACACGUACAGCAUCAACAAGGACCGGGGCACCCCCAGACCCAUGCUAUCAGACAAACGCCGCCCGAACCGCCCAGGCUCAUCCUACCGCCCUAUCACCAACCAGCACUCUCUCCUCCGCAGACCCAACCCCAGCCUCAUCCUCCGCCUCAAAUGUCGACGUCAACAUCCACCCCCCAGCAUCAGCAGGUGCCACAGAUGUCGAUGCACAUGCACAUGUCCGUGCCUGCGUCGUACUACCCGCCUCCUCAGCCUCCUCCAGCGCCGUACGUUCAUAUCCCAGGGUUCCAGAGCGGGUUCGCUGUUUCGGGCAUCGGGCCUAGUCUCAGUGCCGGAGGGUUCGGCGGAUGGAAUGGCGCGUCUCCUUUCGUGUUGGAUUCGUCCUGGAAUACGCUCGUUGAGCAGCUUGGAUUUUGA